CACUUUAAUAAUCCUAAAGUUCAAAUACCAUUGGCAGCAAACAGUUUCACUAUUACAGGCCAUGCUGAAACAAAGCAGCUAACAGAAAUGCUCCCCAGAAUCUUAAACCAGGUUGGAGCUGACAGUCUGACUAGCUUAAGAUGACUGGCAUAGGCUCUGCCCAAACAACCUAUUGAUGGUAAAGCACCACUUGCCACUGGAGAGGAUGAUGAUGAUGAAGAUCAAGAUCUUGAUGAGAAUUUUGAUGAGGUUUCUAAGAACAAGGCAAACUGA